GACAGCGCCGCCGCCGCGCUCGAGCCGGACAGGCCGCCCGCCCCCGCCAAGGGCAACUGGCACGCCACGGGCGCCGAGCACAAGUGGAGCAACGCGGAGCUGGAGGCCUACGACAAGGCCUACAGGGAGGUCAACCACGAUCCCAACAAG